AUGAUUGAAUCAGCAGAACUCAUCUUUCUCGGAACUGGAACCUCUAGCAGCGUGCCUUCAGUUCCAUGUAUUUCAAACCCAGAGUCUGCUUGUAAAGUAUGUCUGUCAACGUUGACACCAGAGGGCGCUAAGAAUGUUAGGCGUAAUACUAGUGCCAUGGUCCGCCUCUCCCAAGCUGAUGGACGUCAAAGAAACAUCCUGAUUGAUUGUGGGAAGAGUUAUUACGAAUCAGCAAGGCAAUGGUUUCCUAAAUACAACAUCAAUCACAUUGAUGCUUUGGUGAUCACUCAUGGACAUGCGGAUGCCUUUUUUGGACUGGAUGAUCUCAGGUCAUGGUGUUUAUUGGACAAGGAUACCCCACAUAGUAUUCCAGUGUAUCUGGAUCAAGUCACCAUGAAUUGCAUCGCAGCCGCCUUUCCAUAUAUGGUCGAUGCCUCACAAGCUACAGGAGGCGGUGAUAUUCCUUCAUUCACAUAUCAUAUUAUUGAACAUGAUAAAGACUUUGAGGUUGAAGGACUCAAAUUCACACCGUUGCCAGUGCAUCAUGGCAAGUACUUUGCAACAGGCGAACCAUUUUGGUCACUUGGUUUCCGAUUCAAGGACGUGAGCUGGGUCUCAGAUUGUUCCACUAUACCUGAGAGUACUACAGAGAAAAUCCGAGGCUCCAAGGUUUUAGUCAUUGAUGGACUUAAAGAAUCGACUCAUCCCUCACAUUUCAGCAUUCCUCAGGCGCUUGACUACAUUGCUAGCCUUGAACCAAAGUUGGAGCGUGCAUUCAUUGUUGGGUUUUGUCAUUCGGCUGAUCACUAUACUGAAGAUGAACGAGUACGAGCUCUGGAUGGCGAGGGUCUGCCCAAAAUCAGAAUUGCAUAUGAUGGACAAAAGAUCACCAUUUAAAAAGAUACAUGGAUUAAUAUGACGAUCUUUAUCCUACGCUCAGAUUCAAGUAUACAAAAAUACAAAGAUAUAUCGUCCAAUGUACCGAUGUGAGUGGGACCCAUGGAGUAUCAUAAACAAUGAUAUCCUGCUGUGGUUUUUAGAGGAAAAAAAGAAGAGGAAAGUUUAUAGAACAAAGAUAGAUAUAUAUAAAAAGUCUUUAUGAUUGC